GUGCAAGAGUAUCUUGGAAAGAGCAGUUGAUCGAAAUGGCGUUCCGAACUGCGAAGCCUUUAAAGAAUCCUGAAUAUGCGCAACUUGAGAAAAUCAGCCGCUGCGUUCAUUUCGACGACUUCGAUGAGGCCAUCAGCAAGAAAAUGCUCGUGCCACAGCUUCUAUCCAACAGCCGCACGAAACUUGAACAACAGGUGCUGUGGUUCGCACCAUCGCAGGCCAGCACGGAACACAAUUUCUACGGCAACGUCAGCUUCACCAUCAAGUGGGAGACCGUGCUACAGAAGCUCGGGCCGAACCUCUACCUCAUCGACCAGGCCAUUUAUAACGCCAGAAGUUUCACUAGAGUCGUAUUCACUAGAAAGAAUUAUGACAGAAUCUUGAAGAAAGUUGAUUUUGAUUCUGAAGAUUCCCCCAUGACAAAAUCCUGGUCUGGUUUCCGCCACGCUUCGCAUUGCAUGAACAAAGUUAGCUGGGGUCCUCACGAGCUGCAGAUUGCGAUCGAAGUAAUCGAUGUCGAAGCUCGGUGGUUAUACUUGAACUGCAAGCUAGUGGUUAAUGACCAUUCUAAUGCGAAUAUUGCUAGCAAAGGACGACGUAGAAGAUGGGACAAAAAAGUUGCUAAUUUCGAAUCUUACAAUUGUUUCAAGUUUAAUACAGCUCAAAACAGCGAAUGUCCUUACAAGUGGACUGCCGAUGAGUGUAUGCGCCACAUCAAGACCGUGUUGAAGACAGUGGUUCGAGUUCCAUCAUGCAGUGGGAGAAGAGUUGAACAAACCUUUGACUUGCCGAAAAAUAAUUCUGAUCAUAGCCCGAUAGCUCCUGCUGUAGCUUCACCACUUACAGGUAAAUCAUUUUAUGCAACACAAAAACUUUCAUCUCAUGCCGUAAUUUCACAGCGUCCUCAUCCACCUCGCACUAAAUCCUCAGCAAAUCAAGUUGAACGAACUGCACUCAAGGAUGGCUGGCUGUCUUACAUCUCGCCAGCAGCGACAACAAAUCAGGAAAUACCGACGGAAAUGAAAACUGCAUAUCGACUUCCAACGAGUAACCGCAUUAGAAGUGAACUACCUGAGAAAUCUUUGCUCUUGAAUUAUGUUCGUGGCCUUGCAAAUCCCGAUGUACCUUCAAAAUUUACAUAUCCAUUGACUGCUGAGCCUGCAAAACGGACACUUUAUCCUCGUACUGGAGUGGCUAGUACUGAUAGUGCUGUGGCGCUUCCAACUCGUGCAGCAGUUUCAUCGAGCACAGAUCGUGCUGUUGCAUUUCCAACUCGUGCUGCAGUUUCAUCGAGCCCAGAUCGUGCUGUUGCACUUCCAACUCGUGCUGCACUUUCAUCGAGCACUGAUCGUGCUGUUGCAUUUUCAACUCGUGUUGCAGUUUCAUCGAGCACCGGUCGUGCUGAUGCACUUCCAACUCGUGUGGCAGUUUCAUCGAGCACCGAUCGUGCUGAUGCACUUCUAACUCGUGCUGCAGUUUCAUCGAGCCCAGAUCGUGCUGUUACACUUCCAACUCGUGUUGCAGUUUCAUCGAGCACAGAUCGAGAUAUUGCAUUUCCAACUCGUGCUGCAGUUUCAUUAGGUACAGAUCGUGCUGUUGCACUUCCAACUCGUGCUGCAGUUUCGUCGAGCACAAAUCGUGCUGAUGCACUUCCAACUCGUGCUGCAGUUUCAUUAGUCACAGAUCGUGCUGUUGCGCUUCCAACUCGUGCUGCAGUUUCGUCGAGCACAGAUCGUGCUGUUGCACUUCCAACUCGUGCUGCAGUUUCAUCGAGCACAGAUCGUGCUGUUGCACUCACAACUCGUGCUGUAGUUUCAUGGAGCACAGAUCGUGCUGUUGCACUUCCAACUCGUGUUGCAGUUUCAUCGAGCACUGAUCGUGCUGAUGCACUUCCAACUCGUGCUGCAGUUUCAUUAAGCACAGAUCGUGCUGUUGCACUUCCAACUCUUGCUACAGUUUCAUCGAGCACAGAUCGUGCUGUUACACUUCCAACUCGUGCUGCAGUUUCAUUAGACACAGAUCGUGCUGUGGCACUUCCAACUCGUGCUGAAGUUUCAUUAGGCCCAGUUCGUGCUGCGGCGCUUCCAACUCGUGCUCCAGUUUCAUCGAGCACAGACCGUGAUGUUGCACUUCCAACUCGUGCUGCAGUUUCAUCGAGCACAGAUCGUGCUGUUGCACUUCCAACUCGUGUUGCAGUCUCAUUGAGCACAGAUCGUGCUGUUGCAUUUUUUACUAGCGCGGCAGUUUCAUCGAGCAAAGAUCGUGCUGUUACACUUUCAACUCGUUCUGCAGUUUCAUCGAGCACAGAUCAUGCUGUUGCACUUCCAAAUCGUGCGGCAAUUUCAUUAAGCACACGCUCAGAUCAUGCUGUAAAAUCAACGUGCUUACUUUCAGGUCGGUCUGCUACGGAAGAAAACACAGCGCCUCUUCAGACAGUAAAUUUGGUAAAAUUUCAGCCAUUCUUCUGGCAGCGAUAACAAAUUAGGAAAUGAAGGUGGUAUUGAAGACCGCAGCUCCAGAUCGCAGCUGCACUGUCAUUAGACAUGUCCCUUAAUGUAGCUUGUAAGGUAAGGUGUCUCCCGCAGCGACGCGUGCCAACUCCCCCAUGGAAAGUCUUCGUCGACAUCACAUUGUUGUAGGCUAGAAUUAAAUAUUUCUGUAUUGUGCAGUAGCCUGUCUCACGC